AUGGAGGAAUCUAGCAUCAAAGAUCUUGUGAGACUUGUUGGGAACACCGAACGAAGACAUUCUAUGGUGGUGGAUGGGUAUAAUUGCGCUUUGCAACAAUUUAGUAUAGUUAUAGCUGGUAAUGAAAUAUGGCCUCUGGAAAGGCCGGACGGUAUGCCAAACAUAGUUUCCUUAGAAGUAAUGUGUGGGAAGGAUCACAUGGACGUGCAUUUAACAUUUUCUCAUCCUUUUGAAGGAAUCGUCAGCUCCAAAGGACAACAUAGCGAUCCACGAUGUGUGUACGUGCCUCCAUCUACGGGUAAAACAUUUUUCUCCUUCAGAAUAUCAUACUCGCGCUGUGGCACUAAGCCUGAUUUACAUGGUCAAUUUUACGAGAAUACUGUGGUCGUGCAGUACGACAAAGAUCUACUUGAGGUUUGGGACGAAGCAAAGCGUCUUCGAUGUGAGUGGUUUAAUGACUACGAGAAGACCGCAUCUAAGCCUCCGAUGGUAAUUGCAGACUUGGAUGUAAUCCAACUUGAUUUCAGAGGCGAUAACGUCGAUUGCUGGAUGGAAAUUCAACACGGCAAAGGACCAUGGGCACCACCGGUAAGUGGCAUCGUGCCGCUGGGAUCGACACUUACUCUUGUUGUGGCCAUCAACGAUUAUCGUGGUGAAUUUGACAUGCGUGUUAAAUCUUGCGUUGCAUCUGACGGAUCUGGCCACAUCAUAAAGCUCUCCGACGAAUUUGGAUGUGUUCUGCGUCCCAAAAUGAUAUCCAGAUUCCUUAAAGCCCGUGCUCCAGAUGAGCGUGCAACUGUCAUUACAUAUGCAUUCUUCCACGCUUUCAAAUUCCCAGAUGCACUCAGCGUCCAUAUCAAGUGUAAGGUAGAAAUUUGCCGACAUGGAUGCUUGGACCAUUGUCAACUCAACGGAAAUGUCCACGAACGUAAGGAUGUCAUUAGUGCUGAAACAGUUGAUGACAACAAUGCAGCAAGUAGUAAUAAUGAACUACACAAUGUCAUCGGUCCUGGACCACCUGAUAACGGUGAUCGUGAUCAUGAUAUAUUCUAUGAUGAUAUUAUUCACAACCGAAAGCAGUUGUCUUCAAUCAACAAUGGCAUUGCCAAUAUGCUCGAUAACUUCAAGAUGCACGAAAAGAACAAUAAUGUGAAUUUGGAACCACGCCCGGUGCAUGAAGAAGAAGACGAAGCUGAUUUAGAUUCAUUGUUUGAGAAUGAUGAUGAUGUGGAAAAAGAACAGUACAUGGAACUAAAGAAGGCCGGGAAGUUCCCUCAAGGUCCACGACUAUUUGAAGCUCAAAACCGCAUGGGUGUACCAGUUGCGGGACCACGUUCAUUGGAACCUAAGACCGAGGAUGAUCUUAGGCCGGUCUAUAAAGCUUCCAGCGUGGAAGAAGAGGAAGAAGUCCAUAAUGAUACCGAAAGUGCUGAAGACUCAGAACGAAAGACUCGCCGUCGCCGAAGGCGUUCAAUUGUUGUAUCUGACCGCAAGGCCAGGAGUGCUGACGUUGGUGUUAGUGGUCUAUACGACGUUAUAUCUGAAGCCGAUCUGGCUUUCAGUCCAGAUACCAAACAAGAAGCUGUCACCGUUUUCCAAGGAAAAAUAUCUGAAGACGUGGUUUAUGGCAUUUGUAUGCCAGUUCCAGGAUUCAGCAUUCUUUUCAUUGUUGUUGUCUCUGCCACUAUAGUCUCGGCUCUUAUUGCAGGUUCUCUUCUAUAUCGAUACCAGUUGCAGAAGGAAGCACUGGAAAAGCAAACACCUCUUCCGCUAGGAUCACUUGCGUCUUGGAUGACGCUGCGUCUUUUCCGAAUGCGACACGAAGGAGUUGUCGUGCCACCAAAUCAAUCACCAGUAGCGACAGCAGCCGCUGUUGUCCACGAAACGUCACAAUGAAGCUAACUUGGUGCUUGCUUUCUUAAUUUUCCAAUACGACGAAUAUGGACUGAUUUAAAAUUUUAAUCUUUACUUGAAUAGAAAACAACAUUUUAAGUUUUAUUUAUUUUUUUUUUUUAUAAUUUUAUUUUCUUAAUAAUUUUUCGGGCGAAAAUGCAAUAAGAAAUGUGUGUUCUUCGAUAUCGGUUUAAAUAUUUAAACAAAAAAAAAAAAAUACAAAAAAAGUUUUCUUUCUUUUAU